AUGUUAUUCAAAUCAAAAGUCAAAAAAGCAUUUAAAAUUAUUGAAAUUGGAUCAAGUGAAUUAGUCUAUGAUAUUAAAAAAAAUUUACCACUCAUUACAUUUGAAAACCUAUAUGAAAAAAUAAAAGAAUGUCAUGUUGCUGUUGGUCACUCUGAUCGAGAUAAAACCUGGUCAGAGGUUAAACGACGUUACGCAGGUAUUCCACAACAGGCUAUUGAUAUAUGCAUACGUAUGUGUGAUGCAUGUCAAACAAGAAGAUCAAUACCAAAACCUGCUUGUGGAAAACCAAUUCUCUCAGUUGGUUUUUUAACCAGAUUACAGGUUGACCUAAUAGACAUGCAUAGUGUUCAACACAAUGGUUUCAAAUUCAUUAUGUAUGUAAAAAACCAUUUCACGAAAUCUAGCUGGCUAUUUGCUUUACCUUCAAAAGAGGCUAAUAAUGUUGCUGCUCAUUUACGUAACAUUUUUUAUACAUUUGAACCACCAAAAAUAUUGCAGUCUGACAAUGGAAAAGAGUGCCCAGUGAUGCUAGCUAUAAAUAAUUGUGUAUCACAAAGUACACAAAAUACACCAUGUGAAAUGGUUUUUGGUCAAUCGGUACAUACUAACGAUGAUUUUUGGUUAGAACUGCAUAAACAAUACUCAAAUAAUUUAAUUAUAAAUGAAGAAAAAUUACCUGAAUUUAUUUGUCAAAUUUUGUCUUUAAAUCAUGGAGACUUGACAACUAAAGAUUCAAGUAAUACUACUGAUGAUUUUCCUAUACCAUUACUAUCAUCAGAUACAUGUUUGACAAAUACAACUGAUAAUACAACACAAUCAUCAGAUAAAAGAAUUCGUGAUGAAGCUGAAAAAUGCUACAUUCUUACAGCUGUAGGCCUAAAAAUAUCAGAAGUUGAGCGCACAAAUACUUCACCAUCCAUAUUACCAUGCAAAAUAGUAGAUGUAUUAACGAAAGAAGAUUCAUCUUGUUUACAAUAUAAACUAGCCACGUUAGAUGAAAUAAUAAAUGAUUGGUUUUCAUCAGUAGACAUAAUUGAUUUAUCAGAAACAUUAUCUGCUGAAUUAAGACAAUUAGAUACUAAAAAAUUCUCGAAUGUAGCUUUUAUUCAGGUAAGUCAAAUAUCUACAAAUUUUAAAUCAAGAGAUACUUGUAAAUGUACUGGUUCUUGUGAGACUAAUCGUUGUCCAUGUAAAAAGAGAUCGAUUUUAUGCUGUAGUAAAUGUCAUCGUGGUAAAUGUUCUGAUUGUAAAAAGGGGAAAUGUAUAAUCAAUCAAGAACAUACAAAUUACUGA